CCCAUGCUCAGCGAAGCUCGUCUCGGGUCUACGGUCGCCUCCUCGCCAUCCCGCUGCCAUUCCGCGAGUUUAGAGCCCUCCUGUCCAGACGCGCCCUGCUCUGCGCUUCCCUCCGUUCGGGGCCCCGCUAUGUGAUGCCACCCAUGCCAUCGCCUCUGCCGUCCCCCAUCGACGGCGACAUGCCCCCAGAGUGCAGCGCCGCUCGCGUGUCUUGACCCCCGUGCCCGACUGCCCGACCUCCGUCUUCGUCUUCGUCUCCGUUUCCGUGUGUGUCUGUGUCAGUCUUGUGCUUCUCACUCACCUUCCUCCUACUCAUCCUCGACAAAACAUGCCAGCACUGAGGUGAGGUUGGAUCUUCGUUCUAACCAAAACGCUCGUUCACUGCCGAUAUGGACACAGUAUGGCCCAAGACAACCGGUGCUCCUCGGGAAGAAGUCUGGCCGUGCUGUUGUCGUUAUGUUUUUUCCAAUUCCAGUCUGCCUUUUCUGGGGCCGGAGAGGAGCCGCUAGUAGAUUCCGCCUUGCGUCCAAAGUGUGACUCGCAGUUCGUGAGUGUUGCCGGGGGACCAACGAACGGGACCUUCACAGCGCCCGUCUUCGAGAACUCCGGCGGACAGUCUGUUCAGUGUGUUUACACCUUCGUAGCAGCACCUAAUCAACGGGUAGAAGUUGUUUUCACUGCCUUCAAUCUCCGUGGCACUCCUCCGGAUGGCUGGGCUAUCGGCAACCUACAUGCGUGCAUUCACGAGUAUUUGGACGUUUAUUCAGAGGUCCUGCAGGCAGAAGCUAAAGACCUCGUCAACUCGCCGUUUGGAGGCCGUUACUGUGGAGAUAUUGCCCCCCGUCGGCGCAUUUCUCUUUACCGUUCGGUUGCUCUUAGUUUCCACACUGACAAAAACUUCACUACUGCCGACCUUUUCGCCGGAAGAUACACUUUUUUUAAUGACACCGAAUAUCAAAUUGGUAAUUUAACUGGUAGCUCCCCAUGCAGUUUUGAAAUCCAUGCUGAAGCCAAAAGACAGGGAACUAUAAUUUCACCCACAUACCCUGGUGUCUAUCCAAAAGACCUUUAUUGUAGCUACCUUUUCCUUGGGAAAAAAGGCCAGAGAAUUCGACUCGAGUUUCGAGAUUUUGACUUAUUUUAUGGAGGACCUCACUGUCCUUUUGAUGUAGUUAAAAUUUAUGAUGGGCGAACAAAUGAUUCAGCAAUAAUUGGAACAUAUUGUGGCCAACAGCGCAACCUGUACAUUUAUUCCUCUGACAACGAAGUUUUAGUCACCUUUGAAACCCUGCAAAGAACUGCCAAUACACAAAACAGAGGGUUCAAAGGAAUUUUUGAGUUUAGUGAAAGUUUUGUAAAAUUAGAUUUUAUCGUUAAAAAUGAUGGUGAACACAUUCGUGGUACUGAAUGUGAUCAAAAAAUUCUGAGCAAGAAAGGAUCUAACGGCUUUGUGUACAGCCCCAAUUAUCCUUAUCCGUAUCAUCCAAAAAUUGUAUGCCGGUACUUUAUUUACGGUAUGCAGGACUCUCAAAAUCUUGAACGUGUUCAUCUAGAAUUCUCCUUGUUUGACAUUCCUAAAGGAGAUAAAGGAGACUGUAGCGAUGGUUACUUGAAAAUUUAUUUGAAAGGACAAGAAACCACUGAUUCCUAUGAUAAGUUUGAUCAUGAACUUUGUGGAGAGGACACAAAAACCAGCUCUGUUGUGUCAGAUGGACCUCGCUUAGUCAUGAUAUUUAGCAGUGGAGAGUUACAGGGUAGAGGCUUCAAAGCUCAAUAUAUAUUUGAAACUGAAUAUCGUGUUCCAGGCACAGCAGCCCCUGAUGGAAGCUGUGCUUUUUCAUAUCAGAGUGCUAGUAAAAAACGUGGAGAGUUCAACUCACCUCGCUUUCCUGGAAAUUAUCCUAGUAGUACAAAUUGUACUUACACUUUUAUAACGUCAAUAAAUGAACAAGUUGUUAUAAUUUUUGAACAAUUUAAAGUUCGUGCUGACUCAGCAAACACAUCUGUAGCUCAGUAUGGGUUUGACAAUUGUCAUGAAGAUUGGGUAGAAAUUUCAAAUUUGUAUCGGGACGGUGGAGUGCAUCUAAUAGGAAGGUAUUGUGGCGCAACCUCUCCGGGCCCAAUUGAAUCAAGUUUAGGAGCUGUAGGAUUGAGGAUAUUCCUUCGAACUGAUGCUGAAGGAGUCUAUAGUGGCUUUAAAGCAAGAUAUGCUUUUGAGCCUGCUAAACCGAUGUUUGGAGAUUGCGGGCAGAAUUUAAGCAGCAGCGAUUAUGGUGUAAUUACCAGUCCUAAUUUUCCCACAAAGUAUAGCGGGCCUCAAAAAGGGGGAUCAAGGUCUGUGUGUAGUUGGUUCAUCACAGUGCGACCUAACCAUAGAAUCCUACUUAAUUUUGAUUUUUUCUUCAUUGAAGGAGAUCCGCCCACUCGAGGUUGCUCCGCUGCUGUUAUCAGAUUGUGGCAUACGCUAAGUGGCCUUCCAUUAGAAUUUUGUGGAGAGAAACCCCCUAAAGACAAUUGGCAGUAUCUCUCUGAUGGAAAUGUAAUGAAACUGAGCUUUGUCGUUGCAGACAAAUCUGUAGGUGGAGAGGGAUUUCGCGCUGUUUGGACGGAAGUAGCAGUAGCACCUAAAACUUGCAGUGAAUUUAAAUGUGCCAAAAAUAGCUACUGCAUUGCGGAUAAUCUUCGCUGUAAUAGUGUUGCCAAUUGUGGGGCAGAUGACAGUUCUGAUGAAGCUAAUUGUUAUGUUGAAACUCCGGUUGACUGGUUGUUGAUAUCGGUACUAGGUGGAGCUGGUAUCUCUGCUAUUAUCAUGCUGAUGCUCUGCGUUUGUUGCCAAAGGAAACACAGACAUAGACAACGAAGACAUCAUUUGACAAGGUUGCACAGCGCGAGUCCAGGCUCACUUCGCUCCUUAGCCGGACAACAGCAUUACUGUGACGAAAUUGGCCAGCGGUAUGCUAGUGUUAAUAGUGUUUGACCUUUGGAAUAUUUCUAAUGAAAGUCUCAUGAUUGGUCAUAACCUGAAUAAGAGAAUAGAUACGAGUAUUCUCAGUUGAAGAAGAGAAAUGUCUUCAAACCCUUUUACCUUAAAAUCAAGACAUCUUUUAAAAGAAUAGGUACUACAAUUGAGUAGCCUCUAAAAAGUCACUUUUAAUUAUAAUGGUUGUAUUUUUGCAGCUACCUUAGUAACAAAUCUCAAGUCUUCCAAAAAUAAAAUAUUUUACACCGUGUAAAAAUUUAAAAAGCUAAUGAAAAUUUUGAAAACGAAUUUCUCCUUUCAUGAUGAGGAACAAUACCGUGAAACGCUCAGAGUUUGUACUUCUGUUCCACCAUAUUUUUUUAUCUUUUAACAUGUUUUGCUUCAAGGAACGCACUUAUUUUCUAGUAAAAUCUAAAAUUCCCUAUACUUUGAACAGCAGAUCAUGGUAUUGUCGGAAUUGACCUCAGUUUUGUGACCUUCAUCCUCACAGUUCACUUGAUUGUAGUAUGCCUGCAAAUUUCUAUUCUCAUUAAGAGAGCUGUUUAAUGUUCAGUGUUGAACAGCUUUUUGGCAGAGGAAUAAAUCUGAUUAGUUAUACAUAAAAAAAAAAAAAAAAAAAAAAAAAAAAAAAAAAAACUAGGAAAUACACUGUACAACAAAAUUAAUUUUUAAAAUUGCCUAGCAGGGUCUUUAAAGGUAGUGGAGGAUAGGAUACUGUAAGGGGAGCCAACAAUGCGCUCUGCAAGGGCCUAAAGGCAUAGAUCACCCUUGAAUGGACACCUGAAUACAAGUCUAAUUUUUUUUUUCCUCAUAUGUUUUAAAAAGGAAUUCCUACACCUAUUCUUUGAAACUACGCAAGUAUUUCUAGAAACAUUUUGAGAACCUUUAGUUUGAAGGAUUUAAGUUUUAUUCCUUUGUGAAAACAUAUUGAAGCAACUGAUUUAAGUAGCCAUAUGAAUGAAAUUUUGAUACCUUUCCAGCCUAUUACUAAACUGGAAAUAAUGAUCCAUAUAAAAUUAUUUCUCAAGGAGGCAAAAAUCCAAAAAAUUCUGCACUCCUGAAGGAAAUCAGUUGGCAAGAGGAGAGACUCUUACCUAGUUGUUAUGGAUACAUUUUUGGACUCUGAAAAUCCCUUGAAAGUCUGUCGGGGUCGAAUUAAUUGGAAUGGGCAUUAGAGAUUUCCUUGCUUAUCUCAUAAAGAUUCUUAAAUUUUCUAGAUAAAAAUUGAUACAGUGUAAUUUUUUCCGGUAUGCAUGGUAGCACAAUUUAAGUGCGCACCUCGAGCGCAAUUUAUUUAUUUAUUUUUUUUUUUUAAAUUUUCGCUUUUGAAAAAUUAUUCCAAAAUAUUAUGAUGACUAUCAGUGAUUGCAAUGGGCUUGUUGCAAAUUCUUGCUAGUUGUUUCUAUAUAACAUAUAACAGUUGUUUCUAACAGUAAAUGUCUCAAAAAUCAUGAUGAGCGCAUCGGCAAAGUUUGAAAUACACUCCUAACUUCACAAUCUGUGUAAGAAAUUUGCGCCUCUUUGAGCUUUCUGCUUCACAAACGAUACUACGGCACAGGUAAACAAUUCGUUAGAGGUGUUGCUCACUCCAACCCCUGUGCACUAGAAUACUACACAAUAUUCAACAUGGCCGACACCAAUCCGCCAAUACACAUGCACCUGGACAAGACUCUAACCAUUUGUUUACAACCCAGCGUGUUUACAUUCACGGUUUCUUCGCGUCGAUAAAGAUCCGCUUUGGUUGCCCUUGUGCUUCAGACUGCAAUUUGCGCGUGGAAACGUCGGCUAUGUUCAGUAUUGUUGUUGCAAAAGGGUUGAAUGGAACGUCUCCUCUAACAGAAUGUUCACCUGUGCCGUUGUAUCGUUUUCGAAGCAGAAAGCUAAAAUAAAGGCAAAUUUCUUACGCAGAUUCUAAAGUUAGGAGUGCAUUUCAAACUUUGCCAAUGAGCUCAUCGUCAUUUUUGAGACGUUUACUGAUUGAGACAACUGUUAUUUUUGCUCUAGCAAAAGUUUGCCACAGGCCCAUUGCAAUGAGUAAAAAAAAAGUAUCAACUGUCAAGAGUAAAUUUUGGACCAAUGCACAAUAGUGCCAUCUUGAAGUAAAAAUCUUACAAAUUUUUCCUCGAAAAUGUCCAACUCACCAGACCUGCAUCGUUUAGCCCACGUUUAAGUGGAAUUUCAAAGUUCACGAGGAUUGAAUUUUUAAAAUGAGGCAUCACUCCAGUGAAAAUAAUUUUUUGUGUGUGAAGUUUAUGGCACAUUUUUAGGUUUGAAAGCUUUGGCACUAGCAUUGUAACACUUCUGACUUGAUUAGAUGCUGAGAUGGAACAUUUCAUCAUGAAAAAUAAGAAUUUGAAAUCUCAAGGCUGAAAUUUCACAUGAAAUUUUAUAUUAUUAUUCUGUAAAAUUUCAGGGUAUUUUCAUGAAAUUUUAGAAACUUUUUAAAAUUUCAAGUGCGAUCUCAAGAUGCCUUUUGUCCAUCUUGCCAGAACCCAAUGCAGAUGCAUGUAACAAACACACUAAUCCCCUACUGUUUGUUCUAAACAUUUAGUGACUUUUUUUUAGAGUUGAAGUUAAAUUAAAAAUAUAAAAUCGUGUUCUCCUCUUUCCCUUGAUGACAGGUUAGUGGUAGUAUUUUGUAAAGAGAGGCAAGAAAUGGCUUCUUUGUAGAUUUAAAGCCAUUCUGUGCUAUUUAGAGUUUUACGAGGAAAUUUUGAAAGAUUAAAAAGAAUUUAGUGAACUCUUGGAAAAAUCUUAGAUCUACUGAAACUCAGAGUUUCCUUUGAAAAGAGCUUACCUAAGUUAAAAUUCAGACUUUUCUGGAUUUUUUUCUGUUGUAAAACAGAGCCACUGAGCACUUUGUAUUCAUUGUGGCCAAACUGUUAUUGUGUGGAAAGAUUAGGUCCUUGAUAUUAUUACCUUAUCAGAAUUUUGGGAACGAAAUCUGACAUGGCAUAUUCAUCUUUUUAAUCCAAUCAACGGACUUUAUGUGUCACUUUUGAGGCAAGUAAACCGUCUUACCUGGUUUGAGUUUUACGAUGCUACUGCAAAACAUAAUAAUACCCAAAAAUUGUGAUGGCUCCCCAAUUCUUCGAAGGUUCUGAUCAUUACCUACUUUUACGGUUUAAUCAAGUGACACGCCCUGAAAUCAUUUUCAAUGUUCAUAUUAUUUCAGUAUUGCAUAUUAAAUCUUUUGAAAUUAGGAGUAGAUUUAAAACAUCAAUAAGAAAGAACUUCCUCAACUCUUCUUGGUUUUGAUAUAAGUUCUUUCUUUGAAAUUUGCUCACAUCACUUAAAAGUAGUUUGAAUUCCAAAAAUAUUGUACAGGUACCUACAUUUUUGUACAAUAGCAUUUACAUAAUUAUAUUGUAUUAUCGUGAUGAUCAUUACCUAUUAUUAUUCCCAUACAUUACUGUUGUUUGUACACUGUACAGUAGGACUCAUUGAGACCUUUAGUCAUUCAGGAAUUUUCUUGUUUUAAAUUUUUUUUAUUUCAUGCAAUGCUGUUGGAAAAUUAAAAUUGUGAUAAUCAUUGUACAAUCUCAUCCUAGUUAUUUGCACUGAGAGCCAAGUGUCCCUGAAUGAACUCAUAAAAUUUUCAGAGAAGUGCAUCCCUCUAAUUUUUUCUUUUUUUAAUUUAAAUUCAUUUUUUAGAGACUCAUAAUCUACUCAACAAGUGUAUCAUUAUAUGUACUCAUUCAUUGAUACUUUACAGAAUUGUAAGUACGUAAUGUUACACUGUUUUAUACGUGUAAUGCACCCUUUUAACUCACAAAAUUUGUCUUAAAUUUGUGCUGCCACCAGUUCACAAAUAUUGCAACAAGAAACAACCUACAAAUCUUUGGGUGCUGCUUUGUUAGGAGUGGAUGUACUAAAUAAUAAUAUGCCUCCCUGCUGCAUAGCAGCAUUAACCUGACAUCUGCACUUUUGAAUUCUUUCUGCACCAUGUAUGACAACUAAUUAAUCUACUGAAACAUGAGUCUUUUUAUCAUGUUGCUGAUUUCACGAUGAGAAUAAGUGCAAAAAUCAAUCCUUGAAUGGUUGUAGUAUCAUCGCAAGAUGAUAGAUAGCGGAACUCACCUUAAAAAACUGUAGAUAAUACGGUGCAGCAAAUACUUAAAACGGGACUAAUAUGACUUAUCAUUGAUAACGGUUUUUAUCCACCGAUAACAAAGCUAGCAAACAUAAUAUUAAUGAAUGGUGCUUAUAAUGCAGAAAAAAAUGUAUUUGAAGGAAAGGAUUAUCCAUUAACUACACAUUACUCUUUUUAGACUUACUUUUUUCUGAAUGACAGCUGUGAAAUGCUGAACACCUUCCUCCUCCCCCAAGUGCCUUCGGUAACUUUGGGAUGGCACCAUAAGUGUGUUAGAAACUUUUUUUUUGUUGAAAUGGUUUUCAAGAAAUAGAGAAAAAAAUUUCAGUUUCCCUUCUUAGCUUCACAGGAAUGGUGGUGUCCACCCUUUUCAUACACUAAGAGUCAAAAAAUGAGAGAAAAAAAAACAGUGAAUACUGAAGUGGGAUAUCAUCCUAUGAGCCCAAAACGAACUAAGGAGUGGUUUUAAUGUUUGUUUGAAAUAGAUCAUCAUCGUCAUGUGAAAUCUGUAUUGAUUUAAUUAACGAAAGAUGAAUAGAUUCUCACAAUGGAUGCUUUCAUUUUAAUUCAUCAUCGGUGUGGAAAAUAGGGUCUUACAGAAUGUGAGUUCGAUGAUUCUUUAUCUUAUUACUAUUGUACAGUUAGAGAAAAUCGUUUUGAAGGCUCCUUGGGAAAGGAGUUAUGCCAGUUAAAAUUUUGUUGUUUUGAAACAUGGCAUAUCACAUUUUAUAAUUCAGGCCACUUUGAUUGAUUAUGUCCAACACAUUUCAUUUGCAGUUUCAUAUUUUAUCAGCCGAGAUCCAUUCAAAGCCAAGAAUUAUUUUUCUGUUGAAGAGAGGUGAUCAGAAUAGUCAGACUUAAUAGGAGCAGAUUAAAAAGAGCGUUUUAGAAGAAAAGAAAUAGCAAGUUUUUGAACCACACGAUUCAAUCCUUGACAUCCCUCAUACCAAUUCAGAGUGUUUGAGCAUGAAAAAAAAAAAAAAAUUAUGCAGCCGCUAACAACGCUCAUGAGGGAAUAUUAAGUCCAUAAAAUUGCCAAAUCCAAGUACCAUCAGUGGAGACAUCUUUCUACGGUAAAAACUUAUAAUCUUAAAAUGCAAUUAAUUCAGAUCUGCUGCUUCUAAUCUACCGACAGAGGAAAAAUCAUCAAACGAAGUACUGUAGAAUAAUGUCACAGCAUAGAGUGUUUAAAAAAGUCAAAGUAAAGCGCUUAAUUAAAGUCAGGCUGCGUUUAACAUUGCUUUGCUCUCAAUGAUGCCUAGCAGCGAGAAGUUACCCCCCUUCCUCCCCCAAACAGUUGUCAACUGAAAUAAUUUUACUGCUGAUUUCCUUUCAUUUUUAGCCUUUUGACUUAAUUACUUUGUGCAUUUGAUCACUUUAAAGUAUCCUGCCAUAACUUCUUGAUAUUAUUUUGGAAUGUAAAAUGGCCGAAAUUUAAUUUUCCUGCAAACAAGCAUGAAAAUUCAAUAGAAUAAUUUUUAGGAUAACCUGUAAACUUGCCUUUUUGUACUGUUUUAGAAUGUUCCAUCCUUGCAUGUUCUUUACAAACCUUUCAUGCAGAUGAACUUUCUAAUUGAAGAAACAAGUAAUUAAUUAAUGAACUAACUCUAGUGGGCCAGUAAGAGCUUCUAAAUUUCUUUAAACAUAUACUCUGAAAACAGCACAUCCACACAGAGAUUUUACAACAUGUGGUCAGUGCCAGUGUCAAUUUUACAGUCAUGUGGUGUGCCAUCUUGCAGAUGUGAUGUCGUCAAGUCCUCACAAAAAAUGUUUCUGAUUUCUUGAUAAAAACCAAGAGAUACUUGAAGCAAAGUAUAUUAAAAUUUUAGAUUGGUCGGAUGAAAGUACAUACAGAAUAUAUGAUUUGUGAACAAAAUGACAUAGUAUAAUAGAGCAACAUAAAAUUUACUGAUUAAAAUAAUUAAUUUUCAGGAUUCUUUUCUGACUUCUGAUCAACAAGCCUGUUCUUUGAUCUGACUCCUAGGUACAAAGUUCAAAAUGACAAAGACCUUUUAGUGUCUCAAUGGCUCAUUGAAAGUUUCUUAGAACAUACUCUUAGUAUUUUCCAGGGAAUUUAACAUUUACCUGCACUUACCUAGAGAAUGCUUCUGAAAUAUUUAUACGAGCAUUCUCUAAAAGUAGGAAAAGAAAUCUUCCAGAACUGUUAUCAUUUCCUAAUACAAUACUCUAGAUUAUGUCCUCAGAAUAUUCCAUUGUUUGUAUGGCUCUUGUGCUCUGAAAUUAUGUUUGUUUUUCAUUAUACUUAUACUGUAAAGGAGGAAAAAAUUGUUCUCACUAACUUCUGAGAAUACUCCACUAAGUAAUUGCAGGGUUCCUGUGCUCUAAGUUCCUGUCACUUAAAUAUGCUGAAUGACCAAUUAUGUAUGUAUGUAUGUAUGUAUGUAAGUAAGUACCUACCAUUAAAAGAAGGCAAAAUAAGAUGAAACUCUCGAUUUUUCUAAGAUUUUUAUCUUUGCAAGUUAAUAAUGUAAUGAACCAUUAUUGACCUCAGUAUCUAAUGUGAAAUUUUUUUUGUUAUGAUGCUCAAUUCUUGAAUACCUAAGUACAUUGUCGAAUAUUUGUAUCACCUAUUUUAUUACUGUAUUUUAGUUAAUUAUUAUUUAAAAAGUAAAAUAAGUGAAAAUGUUUCCAUAAAUUUGUAAUUAAGUCUACAACUCGAGAACUUAUUAAUGAUUUUAGAAUUUUUUACCUUUGUGAAAGUUUAUGAAACACAGUCUACAUUGGAAAGACUUAAGCUAAUUUUCUUUAUACAUAGGUGACCGCAGGCAAGAUGUUAUGUACUAUUCAAUUCUUUCCCUUUCCAAGCCUUUCUCCCUUUUUUCAUUUUUUAUUUUCAUGUUUUGUUUAAUUAAAUUUCCUAAUCAGAAUUUCAUUGAGUAGGUAGGUCAUAAGUACUUUAAAUGUUUCUAAGUAUUUUUUUAGUUUCUUAAUACUUUUGCCCUAGCAGCAGAAUGGUGUUCCAUUAUUGAAACCAAGAAUAUAUCACUCUCAAGUUGUUUACCUUCUGUGAUUCAAGGCACUUUGAUAGUGCUAAGUGCCACCAACCACUGUUAAAUUAAGCUCAUGUGUAUUAGUUUUAUGGAACGCAAUAAAUGGUGAAAAUUAC